GAUUCAGAUUCAGAUUUUAUUAGUGCCACCCGAAUCGGAGGAGUUCUUUGUUCUCCCGUAGCAAUCAUGAUGCUCAGUUAUCUCUGCAUUUCUCUGCUUCUGCUCUGCCCUUCCUUGAUUGCGGGAGCUCCGCCGGAUUACUCCAAUCCCAAGUCGCAGGUGGAAUAUAUCAGUAACAACAAGCCAGCUGGCGCUGUGAACGCUUUCCCCAAUAUUGUGCCGAUCACUCGCCCCCCGCUUGUGACUCAAACAGCUCCUCCACCACCACCCAAUUCGAAGAACUUUGCUUUCAAUCCGAUCACCCAAACCUGGACCAAAAUAGCUCCUGGAGAUCCGUUGCCCGGCGACGACACACUCGUGUGGAACCAAAGUAAUGACAAAUGGCUUACAGGUUCACCUUAGUUACUCAAUUUUAAUAAUGUAUAUUAAUAUAUUUUAUAUGUCUGGUUAAAAAUACUAAAAACCCCGGCAACAUCA